AUGUCGCUACCAUACGGUCCACCAUAUCCGGUAUCACCUUUAAUAAGAGGAAUUAGAUUUGCCCUGCUAUUAGCAGGUAUUGUCUACGGUCGAAUAAAACAAGCUAAGUACGAAGACCUUGAAGAGACUUGGCGUGAAGAAGAAGCGAAGCGAAAGGUUGUACGUGAUAGAGAGCUUGCGAAAUUAAAAGAGAAAAUUGCCAAAGAAGAACGAGAAGUUGUUCGGCAGAUAGAAACUGGCGAGCUAUUUAGACCUGGUAAUAUUAUUACAAGAUUAUUAUAA